CUGGCAGAAGCGCAAUUGGACUUUCUUGACGAUGAUGUGAUUCUCUUCUGCUUUGGUGUCCUCACAACGCAGGCGUUGCUUCUGCCGCGCUUCCAGUUUAGUGUCUCGAAGAGCUGCAGAUGGGGAGUCAAGCUUACAAUGUAUGGGCACACGAUUGUAAAGUCGAUCAUCUACAAUACUCAGAAAGAAGCCAAAUCCGAUGUCUGCCGCGCUGCACUGCGAAAGCUACAACCUGACUUUCCGGAUUGGAAGUUGCCUGACAUUAUCGACGAUGUUUCACUGGCUUCUGACUGGAACUGGGUUGAUCUCCUGCAGGGCAACUUCAUGGCAGAGUUUUGUACCUUCAGCGGUCUCGACUUCUCAGGUUAUACCAAAUUCAUGCACGGGAGUGAGUUCUACCACAGAGUCCAAGUCCAACGUACCAUUUACACCGGAAGAAUUGGGCAUUAUGCCGACGAUGAGCACUCCCGAAGAUCGUGCGCCCUACUAGCUCUGCGGCGUCUAUACAUAGAUGACUCUGAUGUUACCAGCAGCUUUCUAGGCCCUUCUAAUCUGAAGAAAAUGGAUGCUAAGAUGCUCGCCUUAGUUCCGCGAGACCCUCACCAGGCGCGGACUUUCACAUGGGAAUGCUUCGAUCAUGCAAAAGCCGCUCACAGUGAGAAGAGACGCGAUCGAUUCGAAUUGCCCUACCGGAGGAACCGACGACCUGAAUAUGAGCCCUCAACCGCGUACCCCAACGAGGCCGGCGAAAACAGAAAGCGGACGAAAGUCGAACCUCGCAACUCGAAUUUGUUACUCAUCCAGCGCGCCAGAAUAGCAUCGGUUGAGGUGACUGUCAAGGAGGAAGAAAAGAGGUGGACAGUGACACCCCGUGAGAUUCAGCUCCAGAUACAGAGCCUAACCUCAUAUACCGGAAAGUUGCAAAAGGUCUGCGGACUACUCCACUUGGAAUACCCCGAGAUCCGAGUGGAGAGGCUGGACGGGCGCUUGACCGAAACACUUGGUCAAUAUACUGUCGGUGCUCACUUCAAAGACGAUCCAUUCCUCCGACGUGCCGGUCCUAUCGGUCACGUCAACAGCUUGGAGGGUACCAAAUCAAUGGCCGAACAAACUUGUGCCCAGAAGGUUGUCGAGUUCUUGAUCCAAAUGGUCGAGGAAGAUGAUGAGCUCGAGACCACGGCGGCGAACGAGCGUAGAAGUGUUCAGCAGUGGGGU